AGAUUGGUUUUCUUUCUCUCAGCAUCUCCACCCAACCAGCAGAAAACCGGUGAGUGGGGCUUUUAAGUGAUUUUCAAGCAGAAUGUAACAGAUGUCAAACGGGAAAAGCACAAGGCAAAGCCUGCUCUCUCUGUCUCUCUGUCUCCUCUUCUCCUUUUUUGCCUUAUUCUAUCCGAUUUUUUCCCUAAGCUUCUACCUGGGAUUUUCCUUUGGAAAAGUCUCUGAGGUUCCACCAAAAUAUGGAACUUGAUUUUGGACACUUUGACGAAAGAGAUAAGACAUCCAGGAACAUGCGAGGCUCCCGGAUGAAUGGGUUGCCUAGCCCCACUCACAGCGCCCACUGUAGCUUCUACCGAACCAGAACCUUGCAGGCACUGAGUAAUGAGAAGAAAGCCAAGAAGGUACGUUUCUACCGCAAUGGGGACCGCUACUUCAAGGGGAUUGUGUACGCUGUGUCCUCUGACCGUUUUCGCAGCUUUGACGCCUUGCUGGCUGACCUGACACGAUCUCUGUCUGACAACAUCAACCUGCCUCAGGGAGUGCGUUACAUUUACACCAUUGAUGGAUCCAGGAAGAUCGGAAGCAUGGAUGAACUGGAGGAAGGGGAAAGCUAUGUCUGUUCCUCAGACAACUUCUUUAAAAAGGUGGAGUACACCAAGAAUGUCAAUCCCAACUGGUCUGUCAACGUAAAAACAUCUGCCAAUAUGAAAGCCCCCCAGUCCUUGGCUAGCAGCAACAGUGCGCAGGCCAGGGAGAACAAGGACUUUGUGCGCCCCAAGCUGGUUACCAUCAUCCGCAGUGGGGUGAAGCCUCGGAAAGCUGUGCGUGUGCUUCUGAACAAGAAGACAGCCCACUCUUUUGAGCAAGUUCUCACUGAUAUCACGGAAGCCAUCAAACUGGAGACCGGGGUUGUCAAAAAACUCUACACUCUGGAUGGAAAACAGAUGGACUCUUCCUCCACAUCUCAUCAUCACAACCUGAUAUUAUGUGUUUCAUUUGGAGAAAAUGUAUUUUCAGCAGGCAAAACAAUGAAUCAGGAACCUGAGGCUCUGAAAUUCAAUCUGCUUCUGAUUUACCUUGCAGAAUGGUCACUUAGCCUCACCUUCUUUAUCUGCUAUGAAAGAUGUGUUAGAAUCUAGGUUCUAUGAAUUCUUAUGAAUAUGAAUUUAGCUAUUAUAUGAUGCAUUCUUUAUUGUUCAAUACACGUGACUGAAAUGAUAUUUGCCCAUUCAUUACUUUUUAGAUACCCUCACAUUGGUGCUCAGCAACAAUUUUGAUAAAAGGAAGUUGAAGUGACUUUCAUAUGCUCUGAAAGAAGUCAGAUACGGGGAAAGUACUGAAGCCUCUGGCUCGUUGUCUUUGCCUCACACUAAACCAUACUUAUUCUUUUUCUCUUUUCCAUAUGACAUAGCUGUCUUAAUUUGGUUCCACUGAUGGUUUGUGUGAGAAAGGGACUAUUUCAGGAUCCUAAAAUUAGCCCAAGAAAGAUGCUGCCAUCUGUUCCCCCUCCAAAUCAGGUUCUUCAUGUCAUUGGUUAUACUACUAAAGUACCACCUAUAUUAAUAUCUGGGAAAGAAUGCAGCCAGGCGUCUCCAUCAGACAGAUGCACCAUUCUCUUGAGCAUAGGGAGCUGUAAAUAUACAACAAAAAUAUUCCAAGGGAAUUGGAACAGUGGCUGGUUCUGUUGGCUCUAAAGAGAAUCCUGGUCUCCCAUCAGAAAAGACAAGUGUGGAUUAGUAUCAGUCCAUAUAUUCUACCUCUUAAAAUGCCUUUGGUGUUUAAACAACUAUAUAGAUUCUAAAAAGGUGGAUUCACUAUAUAUCAAAGUUACUGAUGAGUGUUCAAAUGCAGACCUGUGCCUUCUCCUAUAAUUUCUGAUAAUAAUGUGUGCUCCAAGAUUUUAAGUUUCAGGGAAAACCCACCCAUGUACUGUGUACUUUGCAAUUUUGAGAAAUAUGUGGCCUUUGUUUCCCAUCAUUUUGUGAUCUGAGAGCUACCUGGAUGCAUUGGUUAUACCUGACUUGUGUUUGUUGUACCAAAGCAAUGGGUUUGUCUGUGAUGUUGGGAAAAUCUCCAAUUCCCAAGCAUUUCUCUAAGAGUGUCUAACUUCUAAGCACCAUGUAUGUAUGUAAUAAACAGGAGCUGUCUAAGUAUAGGCCUGAUUGCCAAAAUCUCAUCUCAGAGAAAUAGGACAUAUAAAGUUUGGAAUCAUUGGAUCACAGAGUUGAGAAUGACUUUAGAAGCCAUGACAUUUAAUAUUCCACCUAAGGCAUAGAUAUCCUCUACAAUCACUCUAUAAGACUAUAAGGCAGCCUAUUUCACUGUUCAACAGCUGUGAUUUUUAGAGUUUCUUUAUAUUAGGCAUAAAUCUAAUUCCUUGUGCCUUCAGCCUUGUGAAGUAAUAUAGGAAUAUGCAAAUCAAAAACAUAAGACUGGGAUUAAGAAGAUUUGGACUCUAGUCUUGAUAUUGUCACUUAACCACUUAACUGUCCUGAACCUCACACUCCUCCUCUGUACAAAAGGACUGAUCACACCUGCCCUGACCAUGCUCACAGGGCUUUUAUGAGGAUCGAAUCAAAUAAUGGAUAUGAAAGCACUUUGUAAAUUGACACA